GUAAAGUCAGUCAAGUUGUAGUUCAGGCAAACGGAGAUCUGUAGACUUGCACUGGGACAUUGACUUUGCAAAUUAAAUAUCCUCUAGCUAACUCUGAGAGUAACUGAGUUGAGUGUUUGCCUCCAGAGAGUCAGGCUGCUGCUCAGUUGAGCGUCUGCGCUUCCAAGGAGAGGAGCCUCGUAUCCAGGCUCUGACAGCGAACCGGGAAGAUGCUUUCUGGAGUCGUUCAUUUCACACUAGCAGCGCUGUUGGCUCUGCUGCCAUGGUUGUCAUGUUUCAAUGUAGACGAGAAGAACCAGAUGUCAUUCAGUGGACCAGUGGAGGACAUGUUCGGAUACACCGUCCAACAAUUUGAGAACAGUGAGGGAAAGUGGGUUCUGAUUGGUUCUCCUCUGACUGGACAGCCGGCUAAACGGACCGGAGAUGUCUACAGGUGCCCUGUUGGACAAAACAAAAACACUGGAUGUGAAAAAUUCCUUUUGCCAGAAAACACAACAAUUCCGAACAUAAAUGAAGUGAAGGAAAACAUGACUAUGGGGACGACGCUGGUGGUUAACCCAGAUGGCAGUGGCUUUCUGGCCUGUGGUCCUCAGUACGGCUACAUGUGUGGAAAACAGCAGUACAUCACUGGGAUCUGCUCGAAUGUCAGCUCCUCCUUCAAAGUCCUCAACUCCAUCGCUCCGACUGUACGAGAGUGCAAGCAGGAUAUGGACAUUGUCAUAGUGUUGGACGGUUCCAACAGCAUCUACCCGUGGAAUCCCAUCACCGAGUUUCUGGUCAAAUUUCUCCAGAGCAUUGAAAUCGGACCAGCCCGGGUGGGCAUCGUGUCUUACGGAGACGAUGUCGGCCACGUCUUCAACCUCAGCCAGUUCAGUAACACAAAAGACCUUCUUGAGGAAGCUGCUUUGAUACCUCAAAGAACCGGCCACAAAACCAUGACAGCUCUUGGCAUUGAUACAGCAAGGAAAGAGGCCUUUACAGUGGCGCGAGGAGCAAGACCAGGAGUCAAAAAAGUAAUGGUGAUCGUCACAGAUGGCGAGUCACAUGACCACUACAAUUUGAAAAAUGUCACGGAUCAGUGUGAACGAGAUGGGAUUGAGCGGUUCGCUGUUGCUGUCCUUGGUGACUAUAAUCGACAAAAUAAAACCAAUGAAGAAAUAAAGAAGUUUAUUGAUGAAAUCGAAUUUAUUGCUAGCGAGCUCAAAAGCGAUCAUUUCUUCAAUGUGUCAGAUGAAACAGCAUUAGUGACCAUCGUGGAUGCCUUAGGAAGCAAGAUCUUUGCCUUAGAGGCCACAUCUGAGAAACACACCUCCUCGUUUGAGAUGGAAAUGUCUCAGUCGGGAUUCAGUGCUCACACAUCUAAAGCGGGUGUGAUGCUGGGAGCCGUGGGCGCUUUCGAUUGGAACGGCACUGUAGUGAUGCAAUCUGGGCAAGAGUUUGUCGUUCCCAAAAAAAACACCUUCCACGACCCUGCAGAGCAGAGAUACGAAGGCAUGACGGGAUACAUAGGUUAUGACGUGCAGUCGGCGCACACACCCCAUGGGGUGCUGUACAUCACAGGUGCACCACGCUUUAACCACAGCGGCCGGGUCACGGUGUACCGCUUCGACGGAGAAAAUGUCACCAUAACACAGACGCUGAAAGGAGAGCAGAUUGGCUCCUAUUUCGGCAGUGUUCUCCAGACGCAUGACAUCGACCGUGACAGUUACACUGACAUCCUUCUGGUAGGAGCUCCCAUGUAUAUGGGUCCAGAGAGGGACGAACAAGGUCAAGUCUACGUCUACAGACUCAAUGAGGACGGGCUGUUUGAACACGAGAUGAUGCUGAAGCCAGUGAAUCAGACCUGCUGUACGGCUCACUCCCAGAGCAACUGUAAGAGCGUCAGUAAGAACGAGCCCUGCGGCGCACGCUUCGGUACCGCCAUCGCUGCCGUCCCUGACCUCAACCUGGACGGCUUCAGUGACAUAGUGAUCGGAUCACCUCUGGAGAACGACCACAGAGGGGCGGUGUAUAUUUACCACGGCUCUCAGAAAUCAAUAAAGGAGAAGUAUGUACAGCGUAUUGCUGCUGGAGGAGACGGAGAGAGCAUGAAGUUCUUCGGCCAAUCGAUUCACGGCAUCAUGGAUUUGAAUGAUGACGGCAUCAUUGACGUCACCAUCGGAGGAAUAGGAGGAGCCGCGCUUUUCUGGUCUCGGGAUGUCGCAGAGCUUCUUGCCGAGAUGACCUUCGACCCUAGCAAGAUCAAUCUGCAGCAGACCUGUCAGGUUCAAGGGAGGACCACAGUAUGUGUGAAGACCAAAGUGUGCUUCAAAUAUCGAAUCAAGUCUGACAAAGACACAAACACAGGAACGGUCAUCAGGUACAGUUUGACUCUUGACUCGCUGAGAGCGAUUGCUAGAGGACGGUUUAACGAAACGGACAACAGGAGGCUGCUGAAGAACGAGUCCAUCGUGGACAGGCUUUGCAGAGAGCACACCUUCUACACAUCGGAUAAACUGGAUUUCAGAGACCCCAUUAUGGUCACGCUGGAAUUCGGUUUAAUGGAUGAAGACUCGGGUCCAGUUCUAGACGGGGAAUUACCGACGUCACUCAACAAGACUAUUGCAUUAGUGGACUGCGGGAAUAACGACAAGUGUGUUGCUAAUCUACACCUUAAAGCCACUGCAAACAUCUCAAGACUUCUCAUAAAAAGCAACCAGGAGAAGUUUUAUGUCAACAUCGACAUCCACAACAGCGGAGACAAUGCUUACAAUACUAAGGUUACACUGAGCCACACGGAAAAUAUCAACUAUGUGAAAGUUGAGCCCAAAGAUAAAGACUGUGAAACGAAUCAUACCAGAAUAGUAUGUGCAGUUGGAUAUCCUUUUCUUAAAACUGACAAAAAGGAAAGCUUCAAAAUCCAGUUCGAGCCCAAUCCCUUUCAUAUUCGUAAGGACAUUGUGAUCAAUGUUACUGCAACCACUGAUAGUGAGGAGUCGGAUUCAGACUUGAAAGACAACUUUGUGAGCAUCAUCAUCCCUGUGCAGCACGAAGCCAACCUGAGAUUCACUGUAAACAAGUAUAUGAAGCAGGACCACAUCAUAUUUAAAGAGAAGGAGACGAUACCCAGCGUUUUCAACCACACUAGUGUGAUCGGGGAUGAGGUGAAAAUCAGCUACACGAUUGAGAGGGAUCCUGAAAUGCAGAGUCCUCCACUGCUGCUCAAGAUAAUGUUUCCAUAUCAAACGUCUGUCAAAAACUUUCUGCUGUACUUGACAGAUGUCAGCUACACAACGGGCAUUAGCUGUGAUGCCAGCAGACUGAUUAACCCUUUAGGCAUCAAGCCUGACAAGCCUUAUACAGUGAAUCCUAAAAAAGAGACCUUGAGUGUAUAUCUUUUGAGUUGCAAAGAAGAAGGAAAUCCCUGUGAGUCGUUUAGCUGCUCCAUCCCACCUGGAGACUUCAAUCAGAUCAACACCACUUUCAGAGUGUGGCGACCCACCUUCAUCAAAGGAGAAUUUUCCAACAUUCACAUGGCUGUCGAUGCCAAGCUGGAGAGCAAGGACACGGGCCUGUUUGUGUUAAAUGACAACGUCAAGAUCAGAGAGGUGAAGAUUCAAGUCACCAAAGACAUACGAAGUGGAAUCCCUCUAUGGAUUAUAAUCCUUAGUAUUCUAAUAGGACUUUUAAUUCUGGCACUUGUCAUCUUUGCUUUAUGGAAGGCUGGCUUCUUCAAGAGAAAAUCAGUCGAGGACAUGAAGGAAGAUAUGAAGGACUCUAAUUGAAGCCUGUGGAUCUGUAGCCUCCACCCCUCAGGUCAACUCAUACUUCACCGCUAGCCAAGGUCAUGGAAAUCAUAAAGCAGAAGAAUCACCAGGAACAUUCAGAAAUAUGAAGAUCAGUCAUGUAGGACAUCUGGGUUCACAACUAGUGUAUUGUAGAGCAUACCAAAGAGAACCCAGCGCUUUGCUUGACACGUUGAUUUAUCUUCAUGUUGCUCACUGCAAAAUUCGACUGAAUGUGAACUCAAGUGAACCUCUGAGAUGCCACAAGAUCGGUGGACAUUUUGCAAAACCACGAGAGUCAAGCUUGAACAGCAAAGCACCAAAGGUUCAUCUUGUCUGAACUCGACAUUCCACCAACCAACCUCAGACCCUCAUCUGUAACCCUCCUACGGCAUUCAUCAUCAGCAUAGCAAGGAUCAGGAACCUGUCCUGGUAACAUCUACAGUGAUCUACAGUCCCGUAAUCAGAACCAUACACUGUUAUUGGCAACAGGUUUAUUCCAAUAACUCACUUUUAGAGCUUGUUUUGAUGGAGCGCUGUACAGUGAUGUUUUUUAAUUCAAAGCAUUUGUUUUGAUUAGUGUUAUGGGCUAUGAAUAUUGUCACAUUCCUUUUUUUGUUCACAAAGCAAUUUUUUGGCACUGACGUUUUUCAUACUUUUUGUCUACAAGUAUGAAGAGGAAAAGGUCUGUACUGUAAAUGUAAAGCUUUAAAGUGUAUAUAAAGUUAUGUAUGCAAUACCAUGUUAAUGAUAAAGUAAUGGCUUUAUCAAAAUUAUUACAUCAUCUGUAUUCAGUGUGAUACCUGUCUUGUUUUCUGAGGUAGAAAGCGUCUUCAUGCCCGCAGUAUUUCUCAGGUGUUCCAGAUGGGUUGCAGUGAAUGUCUGGAAUCACUUUCUCAUUCGAUUUUUGCCAUAUGUAAAUAUUAGGAAAACAAUUACUUGACUGAAACAGAAAUGUUAAAGCUAAAGUGUGUAAUUCAUGCACCUCUAUGCCAGCACCAAACUAAAUAAUGACUGUUUUCAAACAGGAUUCCCAAACGCUCUCCUAUUGGUCGAUAGCCCCGUCCUAAAAUCACACCAUUGGUUAAGUCAGUGUUGCUGUUGUCAGGAGGAUCAAACAAACAGAGAAAUAUUUUGAGAUUACCACAAAGACAAGGUGCUUAUACUUUUAAGGUGCUUAAUCUACAAAUGACUUAUAGUUGACUCUUUAUAUUAAUUUGGAGUAGAAGAGAGUAUUUUAACAAUAAAGAAAAUGUAGGUUAUGAACCCCAAUAAAUAUCACACACAGAGUGCACAAAUGUACUGCUAUGCAUACAUAUAGUGUGGUUAAAUUAUACAAAAUGCAAAAUGAGACUAAAUUACAGAUAUUGCAAAUGGUGCAAUCAAACAUACAUAUAGAGUAUGAGUGCCUUAAUUUAUGAUGCUCUGGGUCUUUGAAUGGGAAGAAGAAUUAAAGCAAGAUUAAAGCAUGAAUACAUUUGUAAUUAAUUAAUGAUUCAUUAAGCUAAUGUUUUGUGGUAGUUACAUUGUUUCUGGUUCCACAGUUGUUGUUGUUUUGUUUGUUUGUUUGUUUGUUUUUCAGGGGUUUUUCUUUUUUAGACCACUUUUUUCCUUUCCCUUUCUCCUAAUUUCUUCAUAAACGCCUUAAAGACCAUAUAAGCAAAUUGCAAGGCCAUUGCAAGCUUUUGUUCAGCACAAAGCACCACAAUUUGCCAUUGACUGGCAUCGGUUUCAACAUAUUUGAUUUUUAAUGUGCCUGUUUUUGCCGAAAAUGAUAAAUGUGGCAUGCUAGAACUUCAGCUUAACCCCCAAGUGUGAAUAUUUAAAAUAUUCAGAGAAAAAGAACAGAAAGAAAGUGCUUCCCAACUCUGUUUUUCUGCUUUAUAAUAUGAGUCAUAAAUAUAAUUUAAUUAUUUUUUUUUUUUAUUUAAUUGGUGGUUUAAAUGAACACUCAUUCAAUGGUGAAAACUGAUCAAUUGAGGUUUUUUUUUUGUAAAACAAGAAAACAAUACAUGCAAAGAUGUGAACGGUGUUCUGCAAGUGUUCGGCUUUGUUUCUUAUUCAUGUGGUACUGCCUUAUGAUGUGUAGUAUAUGUCUUAUUACAGGGUUCCUCAAAUCUUGCCCUGGAGGGCCUAUGCGCUGCAGAGUUUAGCUCCAACCCUGAUCA